UAAAAAUCUAUUAUUAAUAGAUUUAUUGUUGUUAAAAAUGAAUCAAGUUUUAAAAAAUUAUUUAGGUUUUUUUGGAUACAAUGAUUUUAAGUCAAAAUUACAACAUCAAGCAAUUGUUAAAAUUCACGAAGGAAAAGAUGUAUUUAUUAAUUUUCCACGAGCAAGUGGUAAAUCACUUUGUUAUCAACUUCCAGCUUUUGUAAAACGUAAAAAAUGUGCUAUUAUUUUUGUUUCUUGUACCAGUUAUUUAAACGAUGAAAUUCAAUUUUUAAAAAGUAGAAACAUAAAAGUUUGUGCUUUUGAUCAUGAUUUUAUGAGAAUUAAAGAUAAAAAAAUUAAAUUACAACAUGAGGAAUUAUUAAAAAGAAAAGAUAUUAAUCUUCUUUAUGUAUCUGUUAAUUUGUGUGAUAAAAAAUGGUUUCAGGAUUAUUUAAAGGAAAAAGUAAGAUUAAAUUUUGUAUCAUUUUUUGUGGUUGAUGAAGCAAAUUGUAUAAGUAAAAAUAACUUAUGUUACAACAAGAAUUAUGAAUCAGUUGUGAAGAUACGUUUAUUAUAUAAUGAAGUACAAUUUGUAGUUGUAACAUCGACAAUUACAUCACAAGUUAAAUUAGAUAUAUUGAAUAAAUUAAAUAUGAAUAAUUCAAUUAUCAUUGAGUCCAAUGAUACAGUUGUUAAAAAUACUUAUAUUGAUGUUAUUUUGAGAGAUCUUAUUGACAAUCCACAUGAUCACAUGAAACAACUUAUAAAAUUUUCUCUCAAAAAUGAAAAUGAUCGUGCUAUUAUAUUUUGUAGAACAGUUGAACAAACACUUUUAAUAUCCAAAGAAUUAUCACAACAAGGAGUACCAACAAUUAUCUACAAUUCAAGUAUAUCAAAAAAUCAACAGUAUGAACAUAAAAAUUUGUGGACAAGUGGACAAGUUAAAGUUAUUGCAACAAAUCAUAAUUUUAUUUUUGGAUUAAAUUAUCAAUUUGUUAGAUGUGUUAUUCACUGGACAAUUCCACAAUCAAUGACACAAUAUUAUCGUCAAAUAUCAACAGCUGCUCGUGAUGGUAAUUUGUCAGUAUGUCGUGCUUACUACAGUUUAGAGGAUGCUGCUGAAUUAAAGCUAUAUUUGUUUAAUAAAUCACAAGCUAUUAAUGAUGAAUCAAAAAUACUAAAUGAUUAUUUAUUUGGAACAAAAUGCAGACACGUAAUUUAUUCAGAUUAUUUUGGAAAAAAAUCUGAAUGUUGUGGUAAUUUAUGUGAUAAUUGUGCACAUGGUGAAUCUGUGAAAAAUAUGUUGAGUCAAUUUGAUAAAUUAAAAUCAACAAGGUUAUUGACAAAUAUUGCUCAAAAUAAAAUUAUCAAAGCAAAGGAAAUUCGAAAUAAUAAAAAAACCAAAACUCGAUAUAAUUAUCUUGAUACAAUUAGAGAAUUGCCUGAUAAACUUCAACCGUAUGCUCAAGUUUAUAAAUCACAUGAAUCAAACAAUGAUUAUGAUCAUCGUCUAUGUAUUCGUACAUUUAAUUUUCAUGUAUUAUUUAGAAAAUUGUAUAAAAAUUAUACAAGUAAUGCUGAUGAAUCUAGUAUUGCCUUGAAUUUAUCAGAUAUUUUAAGACUCGGAAGAAUUCUUGAAUUUUAUUUAGCAAGUUAUUCGCAAGUUGGACAUAUGUACAGAAAAAAUAUGCUCAAUGUUGUAAGUAUUAAAAUUAAAUAA